UCUUUGUGAAGGCUCCAGUGACCUUGCUGUGAUUAAAUUUAAUGGAAUUUUUGAAUAUUUGUUUCAUUUUGUUCUCAUAGUAUCUCCCUUUUUAGUUGUUCUUAAUCUCUUCAGAAUUACUGCUUUGUUCUCUACUUAAAAUAAUUGUUUCAGGUUUAAUGUAGCUAUAGUUUUAAUCCUAAAAGAUUUUUAAAAUAGUAAUUGACAAAACUGACUCUAAAAUUAUGUUGGCAGUGCCAAGGACCUUGAAGAGUCCAUCUUGAACAGGAAUAACAAAGAUGGAAAACUUACAUUACUUAGCUCAACACUUACUGUAAAAAUAUAAUAAUCAAGACUGUGGUAUUUAAGGACAGACAGCUAGAUCAGUGGGAUAUAAUAAAGAAUCCAGAAAUAGGUAUACAAUAUAUGAUCAAUUGAUUUUUGAGCAAGGUACAAAAUCACCUUCAAUGGUGAAAAGAAAAUUGUCUAAGCAAAUUUUAUUGGCACUUUCAAAUAGCCAUAUAAAAAUAAUUCAACCUCAACUCCUGCUUACUCAAUACAAAAAAAAAAUUAACUUAAAAUGGGCCAUAGACCUAAAUGUAAAAGCUAAAACAAUUUUUUAAUAAAAUGAGACUAUGACAUGAAGUGGGCAACAAUUUCUCAAGACACAGAGGGCAAUAAUCAUAAAACAAUUGGUGAGACUGUUAAUAUUAAAACUCCUUUUCAUCAAAAGGUAUCUUUACAAAAAUGAGGGCUGGGGUUGUGGCUCACUGGUAGAGUGCUUGCUUAGCAUGUGUGAUGCACUGGGUUUGAUCCCUAGCACCACAUAAAAAAUAAAGGCAUUGGGGCUGGGGUUGUGGCUCAGCAGUAGAACGCUUGCCUAGCAUGUGCGAGGCCCUGGGCUCAAUCCUCAGCACCACAUAAAAAGUAAAUAAACAAAAUAAAGGUAUUGUGUCCAACUACAACUAAAAAAUAAAAAAUAAAGUUUUAAAAAAGAAAGGAAUAAACAAAUCACAGUUGGAGGAGUUAGUUGUAGUGUGUAUGUAUGAUUAAGGAUUUGUUUCUAGAAUGUAUAAAAUACUGAUAAUUCAUCCUUAAAAAUUUUUUAAAUGAGCAAACACUUGGACAGUUCACAAAAAAUAUGUAAAUGGCUAGCAAAUAUGAAAAAGUGCUCAACAUAGUUUUGGGGGAAUUUCAAACCAAAAUUAUGAAAAAAAUACUAUAAUGCACACACAGAAAAGGCUAAAAUCAAACAGGCUGACAGCAUUGUCAAGGAUGUGGAACGAUUGGAACCCUCACACUCCUGCUUUGUUGGUUGCAAUGUAAAAUGGUACAGUCACGUUGGAAAAAACUGUCAGUGUCUUACAGAGUUAAACAUAUAACUUCCCUUCCCCAGCAGUUCCACUCCUGGAUAUUUACCCAAGAGGUGUGAAUACUCAUGUCUGCAAAAAAAGACUUGUAUCAGAAUACUUAUAGCAGCUUAUGGUAGGCAGAAUACUGACCCCCUCAAAGAUGUCCAUUCACCAGGCAUGGUGGCACACUCCUGUAAUCCCAGUGGCUUGGGAGGCUGAGGCAACAGGAUCACAAGUACAAAACCAGCCUCAGCAACAGCAAGGUGCUGAGUAACUCAGAGAUACCCUGGCUCUAAAUAAAAUAUAAAAUAGGGCUGGGGCUGAAUGGUUGAGUGUCCCUAAAUUCAACCCCUGGUAUCCAAAAAAAAAAAAAAAAGGUGUCCAUACCUUAAUCCCUGGAAUCCCCUGGUUAUAUAAUGUUAUAUGGCAAAAAGGACUUUCCAGAUGGAAUGAAGGUUACAGACCUUAAAUUGGGAGAUUACUUUAUAUGAUCUGGAGUAGUCUGGUGUAAUUACAUAGUCCCUGAAAGUUAAAGAAGAAAGCAGAAGAGACAGGUGUGGCAUUAUAAGAAGGACAAGCUGUUGUCAAUUCGGAGAUAUAGGGGGCUACCUGCAAAGACCAGUCAGAGGGCUUUGGGAGCUAAGAGUGGUCCCCAGAUAACAACCAGCAAGUUAAUAAGAACCUCCUUGUUAAAGCUGAAUGAACUGAGUUCUGCCAAUCACUAGGGAACUGAAAUCUGCUUAUAUCCUGAAUGAGUCUGGUAGUGGAUUCUCCCCCAGAGCUUUCAGUAAGUGGAAGCAGCCCUGUUAAAACCGUGGUUUUAGUUUCAUGGAACUUGGAACAGAAAAAUCAGAUCUGGAGUAGGAACCUGCAUUUUAUUAAGUACCUCUGCAGAUAGUCCUUUGGACAUUUUGAGUAACACUGUUUUAUACACUAGUGUUUAUUUAAGCAAUCAUUUGGCCUAAUUCUCCUGAGAAGCUGCAGAUGUGUGCUACCACUCAGAGCUCUCCACUAUUCUUAAUAAAUUUACCCAAACCCCUGGCUUCAAUUAGUAAUGUAUGCUGAUGUCUCAUACAUUCAUAUCUAUGGAUUAGUCCUAUGCUGAGCUUACACUGCUUAUUGGACAUUUUUUCCACUAUUUCACAAAGAACCUUAAUCUUAGCAUGUUGAAACUGGAAUCCUUUCUGCCAAAAUCAUUUCUAGCAUUUCCCUAUUUUGGUUAAUAUUAUCCUGUAUACUUAGUAAUCCAGGCCAGAAACAGAACCAUGUUUGUCUCCUUCCUCUUCUUCAUUUCCCACCAUUCCUCAUUCAAAUGAUUUAUCAGAUUUGGUGAUUUUCUUAAUAUGUCAUCAUUCUGUUUCUUCUUGAUCAUUCUCAGAGCCACUAUCUUACUUCAAGUACAUUUUUCUCCUUGAUUAUUGUUAAAGACCUCCAUAUUGAUUUUUCCCAUCUCUGGUUUGGCUCUUCUUCAACCUAAUUUUCAUCUUGUUAAUUUUUCUAAAAGCAAUUAAAAUUUUGAUUGUUUGAUUUCUUAAGAUUAAUCUUCCAACAACUUCCUGUAACUCAGAGAAAGUUUUAGACUUCCCAGCUAGAAGGUACUUUCAUGAUCUAAGUGACCCCUGCUUUCACACUCUUAUUCAACAGAACAAGUUGGCAGAAAAGAAGAAAGGAAGUGAAUACUUGAAAAACACUACCCAUCAACUCAAACUAAUAGACUUUUGUAGAAGAAUAUCCAACAGUAGUAGACUAUAUGUUCUUUUCAAGUGCAUAUGGAACAUUCAUCAAGAUAGACCACAUUCUGUGCCAUAAAACAAACCCUAACAAGAUUUGUGAGUUCAACUUAUACAAAACCUGUUCUCCAGCCAAAAUGGAAUUAACAUUUGAAAUCAGAGAUCUAGGAAAAUCCCAAAUAUUGGGGAAUUAAAUAACAUACCUCUGAAUAUCCCAUUGGUAAAGAAAAAGUCAAUGAAAUUAGAAAAUCUUUUUAAAAAAAUAUUUUUUAGUUGAGGAACUUUUAUUUUAUUUACUUAUUUACAUGUGGUGCUGAGAAUCAAACCUAGUGCCUCACACGUGCUAGGCAAGUACUCUACCAUUGAGUCACAACCCUAGCCCUGGAAAAUAUUUUUAAUUGACUAAAAGAAGAUAACCACAUGGUGUAUCAAAAUUUGAGGAUACAAUGAGAGCAAUAUGUAGAGGGACAUUUUUAGUAUAAAUACUUAAAUUAGAAAAUAAGAAAUCACAGAUCAGUGAUUUGAACUUAGAUUUUAAGCAACUAAGUGCCAUUUGAAAUCAGAGCAAGCAGAAGGCAGAGAAUAAGGUAAAAGCACAAUUCAGUGAAAUUGAUAAUAGAAAACAGUAUUUCAGUGAAACUGAAAGCUUUUUCUUUGAUAAUAUCAGUGGAAGCUGAGCUUGGUGGCAUAUGCCCCUAAGCACUUGGGAGGAUCACUUGAACCCAGGGGUUUGAGACUAUCCUGGGCAAGAUAGCGAGAUAUUUCAAAAAAAGGAAGGAAAGGAAGUACCAAUGAAGUAAACUGUUAGCUGAAUUGGCAAACGUAAGAAAAAGAAAAUCCAGAUUGCCAAAGUCAGGAAUGAAAGAAAGGACAUCACUCUAGACCCUAAGACAAUAUGGAAAUACUGUAAGACUUUUUAAGGAAGAAAGAAUAAGUAAUUCUGCAUUAAUUUCAAGCAUAUAGAAGAUGGAACAUUUAUGAACUUAUAAGAUCAGUGCUGCUUUGAUGUGGAAAUAAGACAGAGAAAUAACAAGAAAAUUAGAGAUUAAUAUCUCAGAUGAACAAAGACACAAACAUCCUUAACAAAAUACUAGCAAGUCAAAUCCAACAACAUGAAAUGUAUACUAUGUUUACUCAUAAAACCUGUAUAUAAAUGUUUAUAGCUGCUUUAUUCAGAAUCAUGAAAAACUAAGCAACUCAAAUGUUCCUCAACUGGGAAUGUAUAAACAAAUUAGUAAAUCUAUACAAUGGAAUGAUACCACAGAUACAAAAAUGUGGAUGAUUCUCAAAUGCAUUAUUAAAUUUUUUUAAAAUUUAGAAACAUUUUUUAUUCUAAUUAGUUAUACAUGACAAUAGAAUGCAUUUUGACACAUCAUACAUAAAUGGAGUAUAACUUCUCAUUCUUUUGGUUGUAUAUAAUAUAGAGUUACACAGGUUGUGUAAUCAUAUAUGCACAUAGGGUAAUAAUGCCUGAUUCAUUCUACUAUCAUUCCUACCCCUUAACUACUCCCUGUCCUUCAUUCCCCCUUUGUCUAAUCCAAAAUACCUCUAUUCUUCCCUAGCCCCCUCUUGUUGUGAAAGCCUCGCCUUAUUGUGAAUUAGCAUCUGCAUAUCAGAGAAAACAUUUGUCCUUUGGUUCUUUGGGAAUGGCUUAUUUCACUUAGCAUGAUAUUCUCCAGUUCUAUCCAUUUACCAGCAAAUGCCAUAAUUUCACUCUUCUUUAAGGUUCAAUAGUGCAAAACAAAGUGAAAAUUCUAAGUGAAGUAUUGCAGAAGAAGGAAACUGAGAAGGAUUAGAAAAGGAAACUCAGCAGAAGUCAUAGCACUGAGGAAGACAAGAAGUUACUGAGUCAUCAGAACCUGAUCAAGACCUGAAUUGCUUGUGCCAGAAUGUCUCUGGCUGCUUAUUGUGUCAUCUGUUGGAGAAGAAUAGGAACCUCUACUCCCCCACCAAAAAGUUUCACAUACUGGAGAGAGAUCCGAAAUAUAAUAAAAUUUACUGGAUCACUUAUUUUAGGAGGUUCUUUAUUUUUUACAUACGAAGUUCUGGCCCUGAAGAAGUCUUUGACAUUAGAUACUCAAGUGGUAGAAAGAGAAAAAAUGAAGUCAUACAUAUAUUUGCACCCAGUUCCUUUAGACAAAAGAGAAAAUCAUGGGAUUGCCUGGCUGGCAAGAAAAGAACUUCACAAAGCAGUAAGAAAAAUAUUAGCAGCAUCAGCCAAGAUAUUACAGAGUCCAUUUGCUGACACUUUUAGCACGGUUGAUAUAGAAGAUCAUGAGUGUGCUAUGUGGCUGCUCUUGAAGAAGAGCAAAGCGGAUGAGAGGACCGCCCGACUGGAGGCCGUGCAGGAGAUGUCAGAGACCCACCACUGGCAUGAUUAUCAGUAUAGAAUAAUCGCUCAGGCCUGUGAUGCUAGGACUCUUAUUGGUUUGGCACGAAGUAAAGAGAGUGAUCUUCGCUUUUUUCUCCCACCGCCUCCUUUGCCAUCUUUAAAAGAAGAUUCUUCCAUUGAAGAAGAACUCAGACAGUUGCUGGCUUCUUUACCUCAAACAGAAGUAGAUGAGUGUAUCCAGUAUUUUACAUCCUUGGCCCUUAGUGAAAGCAGCCAAAGUCUGGCUGCUCAGAAGGGUGGUUUAUGGUGUUUUGGAGGAAAUGGACUUCCUUAUGCUGAAAGUUUUGGAGAAGUUCCUUCAGCUACAGUGGAAACGUUCUGUUUAGAAGCUAUAGUAAAACAUUCAGAGAUACCCACACAUUGUGAUAAAAUCGAAGCCAGUGGAGGCUUGCAGCUGCUUCAGAGGCUGUACCAACUUCACAGGGACUGCCCGAAAGUGCAGAGAAAUAUAAUGCGGAUCAUUGGAAACAUGGCUUUGAAUGAGCAUCUUUUUUCUACUAUUGUCCACUCAGGCUGGGUUUCCAUAAUGGCAGAAGCCUUGAAAUCUCCCCACAUUAUGGAAUCCUCACAUGCUGCCAGAACUCUGGCUAACCUAGACAGAGAAACUGUACAAGAGAGAUACCAGGAUGGCGUGUACGUGCUCCAUCCCCAGUACCGGACGAGUCAGCCCAUUAAAGCUGAUGUCCUUUUUAUUCAUGGCCUUAUGGGAGCAGCAUUCAAGACCUGGCGCCAGCAGGACAGUGAACGGAUUCUGAUUGAAAAGGCUUUGGAAGAUGAAGACAGGUACACCACAUGCUGGCCCAAGACGUGGUUGGCAAGAGACUGUCCUGCUCUGCGAAUUAUAUCUGUGGAGUAUGACACCACCCUUAGUGACUGGAGAGCUGGGUGCCCUGCAGAAAGAAAGACCAUUGCAUUCAGAAGCAACGAACUCCUUUCGAAGCUCAGAGCUGCUGGUGUUGGGGAUAGGCCAAUGAUUUGGAUUUCACAUAGCAUGGGAGGUCUUCUUGUCAAAAAGAUGCUGUUGGAAGCCUCUCAGAAGCCAGAGAUGAGUCCUGUUAUAAGCAAUACCAGAGGAAUAAUUUUUUACAGUGUUCCUCAUCAUGGAUCACAUUUGGCUGAAUAUUCUGUUAAUAUUCGCUAUCUUCUCUUUCCCUCUUUGGAAGUCAAAGAACUCAGCAAGGAUUCUCCUGCACUUAAAACACUACAGGAUGACUUUCUGGAGUUUGCUAAAGACAAAAGCUUCCAGGUGCUAAGUUUUGUAGAAACACAACCAACCUAUAUUGGUAGCAUGAUUAAACUCCAUGUGGUACCCGUGGAAUCAGCAGAUUUAGGCAUUGGAGAGCUAAUUCCUGUGGAUGUUAACCAUUUGAACAUUUGUAAGCCAAAGAAAAAGGAAGCCUUUUUGUACCAACGCACUUUGCAGUUCAUCCGCGAAACUUUAGCCAAAGACCUUGAAAAGUAACAACUGUCAUGCUCCAUUUUCUUUUGUGAACACAGUUCAAGAAAGCUGCUGUUCUUUUUAAGCAAUCAUGCAGACAUUGUCAUGAUGGCACCAGCAUGGUCUGGAGUGUGGUGCAGACAUCAGAAUGCAGCUGUCCACUCAAGCACUGGAAGGCUCUACACAGAAGUGGCACUCACAGGAGCAGCAGCAAGGUUGGGAUCCUCUGACUUAAAGCCCUCUUGUGCCACUUUGUGGGUCACAGUGCUGGGCCUAGUGACUGGGAGUAACACUGCUGUGGCUGGAGAGGGCUGUUUCAUCUGUGACUGUCCUGGCUCACCUAGGAGCCCUGGCGGGUUCUGAAGGAAGAUCUGUGGAUAGCUCAGCUUACCAUACAAAUGCUAUGAGGGAAGUGGAGAGAAGAAUGAAGUAGAACAUGACGUUUUGUUCUGGAUAUCUGUGCUAUAAAUUUUUUAAAAUGUCAGUUUUGGAAACUUUUAGUUUUUAACUUCCAGUUCAAUCUUGUCUAACAUCAUGGUGUUAACUUCACUAGGCCUCUUAUCAGUUCCUUGUUUCCAUUUUCAUAUUGCUGAGAAAAAGCCCUUUAUAAUAAAAACUCUAGCUCAUAGUAAUUCUUCCCAGGCUGUAGCAACCUACGCUUGUAAUGUGUCCCAGGUAAGGAUAAAGGGGCUAAUCCAUUACUGAUCACAGAUAAACUAUUCUAAGCCGUUAUAUAAAUAGCUCACGGUGUCAAGAUUCUCAGAUGCUCUUUGGCUAAAUAAAGUAUACCUUUCAUGUUCA